AUGUCGAGAUACGGCUGGUCUAUUGGCCGCGAACAGAUUUCGCCUUACAGUUCUAUGCCCAGCGGCGUCCCCGCUGUCACCGACGACGAUUUCAGCUACAUCACCUCUCAAGAUCUUGAUGGCGUCACCGAGGAACGAUACUAUCCCAGAUCUCACUCGACCGCACCCCCACCAGCUCCAGAAGACGAUAUCCUCCUUAUCAAAAACCGCGGCAUAACAUAUCCUGCUCACUUCCCCGCCUAUGCGAUCGGAGAUGGCAAGCUGCGGGUGAUUGAUGUCAAGGAUCGGGUUGGGUUGAUGAUGGAGCUUCCUGAGCGCGGAACUUCACGUAUUAAGCUCCUUUACAAGGGCAAGCAACUCAAGGACCCCAUGGCGCCAGUACGAGAUUAUGGUGUUAAGAACAACAGCGAGUUGAUGGCUGUCAUGCCCGAGGUCGGUGAUGUCAGUAGUGGUUCAGAGGAGGAAAUGGUUAUUGUCGAUGCCCCUCGAGACGACAGAAAAACACGCCGCCGCAAGAACAAGCGCAGUAAGAAAAAGGGCAUUGCCAGUGAUGGCGAUUCUCUAUCAGGCAGUCCUCGUGACAGCGCCUCUACCUUUGAUCACCCCAGAUCGCCUCCAGCACCGCCUGCAUCCACAGGAGCUACUAGCGGCCCCAUGAAGGUCUUGGACGACCUGGCCGUUGAGUACCAGAUCAAGUGGUUGCCAUUGUCCGCCGAAUACAUUGAAUCACCACCUUCAGACCCCAAGAAGAGGGAGGAGGAUCACCGCAAACUAUCCGAGAGCAUCAUGAUGCACAUUAUGCUGAAGUGCGACGGUGUUGAGGCUGAAGGAAUGCCUGAGGUCAGAGCGCGAAGAAAGGAAUUGGUCAGACAGGUCCAAAAGACCUUGAAGGAUUUGGAUGUUGCAAAGGAUUCUUAA